CUUCCAUGGUAACUGCGGACAACAAGCUGUCAGAUGAUAGGCAAAGUUUUGAUCAAUAACGGGUGACUGGAGUUACGAGGGGGUCUGAGGAAGAAGGGGCAAAUCAGGGGGAGAGUUAAUGUUUAAAGGUAUGAGAUACCCCUGUAUUACUAUGGAUGCUUUUGCGAGCGGACUCUAUUCGGCUGAGGGCAAUGGAUGGAGUCAGUCAGCCGGCGUCUGCCGACGGGCACCGAUCACGCUUCUCCUGAACUUGAAAGCAGUAAAGGAGACAUCCAGUUUUCAGGUGGAAACGAUGUGCAAAAUAAAUUAGUGAGGGGAGAAAUUGAAGGAUGUCGAGACAGCCAACGAGGCAGCUUUCCCUGCAGCAGCCUCCUAAGAGGUCGCAGGUGAGACGACAGAGAUCGGCGGAUGAUAAUCGGCCAAACAUCUGCCACUCGGAUCAGCCGGUGAAGCCGAGACGGGAUAAGAAUAAUUGGGGCUCGAUGGAUCGACCCAAAGUGAGAAUCGCCUGGAGUUCUCAGAUGGAGGACAGUCCAAAAGUAGAGGUGAUUGCCUCUCGAAUAGGCACAACAUCGGCGAGUAAAUCAGGAAGGACCCCAUUCGCCGCUUCCUCGGUGAUCGCCGCUGACAAAGCUGCCAUUUUGUACUCGAGACAGGAGCUCGCCGAGCGUUUGCGGCUGGCAUGGAAGCAGCGGGAGGCGAAUAAAUCCAACAUCGACAUCUUCCUCGCUCAUGACACUACGACUGAUGACCGAUGUGACUCAAGAUUGUCAACGUCCAGCGCCGAGCCGAAGCCUGCCGAGGACGACCGAGAAGGCAGAGCCGCAAGGCUCGAUGGGAAUGAAUCCGAGGUGGAGAAUAGUCCAGACGAUCAGCCAGAUCGGGGGAAACUCAGGGGCUCUACCACAGGGAACGAUAAGGAAGUCAAGAUCAGUCUGGCAGCGGACGCGAGAACGAAACGCGCGAGUUUCCAGAGUGGGACGAAUGUGGCUUUUAAUGGACCAGUUCAGAAGAGCACUCUAGUAUCUCCAGUGAUCAAAGACAUGAAGGAGAGAUCGGUGAUCGACGUCAGAGCCAAGAGGACGAAUUCAGCACCUCCCCUACAGCGUCGAGGACACCCCUCAAGCCCUGGCAAUCCUCCACUUCGUCCCAGAGUCAACAUCAUCAUCGAUACCCCGAAGAUGAGCAAAACCCGGGACUCGAACAAUCCCCUGAUUCCCUUCAAGCUCGAACGGAAGGACUCCGUGAGCCAGGGUAAAUCCUCGGCGCUCACAAGUCCCCGGGAUGACUCAAAAAACUUGGCCAGCGUCGUAUCACCACCGGCCGAAAAACACAAGACUAUUGGUAACAAAAAAAGAUCGAGAAAUGGGAAACGAAGGGUCGAUGAGACUGGACGAAAGAGUGAGUUAUCCAAAGCAAAUCCCGAUGUUGUCACUAUGGUGUCACUAGUCAGUGAUGCGGACAGUGACAGCGAGGUUGAGAAAAAUUCUCCGAGGGAUGACAAACUCGUUCGUCAAUUGAGGAAUCAUUUGUCCACAAAUCCAAUUAUCAAAGGCUGUUCGCCGAUGAUGAUGAGCGUGGGAAAUUUAAGUACUGGGAAUUUGGAUAAUUGUGGGAGUAAUGGAUUGAUGCCCAGGAGGGUCAUGAAGUCUGUUUCAUUCCAGCAGGACUCCAUAGAAGGUGAGCUGCACCUGCGACCGCGCAGCGCAGACCGGAAGUCCCUCCCGGAGAUGCAGCCGAAGAUUAUUCUGCCCCAGCCAAUGAUGCGUCCCCCCGGGGACGAGACAAGGACAGCCUGGCAGGACAUCUCCACAAAUCUGGAGAUCCCGUCGUCUCCCAGGUACUGGGAGGCCUCUGCUGAUGCCAACCAGGCCCUCACUGAUCGCGAAAAACGAUGUCUCGUGGUACCGAUUGGUGAUACACAGGAUAAGAAAAGGAAACUGGUACUUCAGAGGACGAAAAGUGUCCCAGCGAGAACAGAUUCCAGUGAGGAAAGCAGAUCGAGUGCAGUGCAGAUGGAGACCAAGGAGUCCAAGGAGAUCAGGGAGAAUGGAGAGUGCAGAAUUGGGAGUGAGGUCAAUGGGGUGGCCCUGCAGAGGUCUGUAACGAAGAUAAUCGAGGGGGAUGGCUUCAGGAUGACCUCCGUGGAUAUUGAGACUGUCGAGCUGGAUGUUGAGAAUGUCGAGCCACUUCUCAGGACUACUAAGGAGAAGGAGUGCUGGCAUCUUUAUAGAAGAAUGUGUGACAAGGGCGUUUGCGUGUCUUUUGAUACUGUUUUGAGGGGCAUGUUGACACCGACAGAGUACAGGUUACGAAAAAGAGAGCCAGCCUAGCAGAAAGGGUCGCGGGAGGGUGAGCCACCCCCCAGUGACUGAGUAGUGCCUGUUAUAUUCUGAUAGAGGAUUCAUAUAACUGACGACGACCUAGAAAACUGGCUCUGACAUAAUGCCAAUAAUUUCCAACUCCGAUUGAUAUUACUCAUAAUUGUUAAACUAUAUCUUUUGUAGAGAAUUGAUUUUACUAAUGAAGAGAAAAAUUUUUGAGGACUUAUUUUUGGUGGAUGAAUAAAAUUUUCGUGUUUU